AUGCUUUCUGAGAAGAGAUGUAAUCCUUCGCCUAACUUGAAUCCCGCGACACGACUCAAACACGGCGGUUACACAUUACCGGGGACAGACUUGACGGUACAACAGUUCCAUUACGACUUCCCUUAUCGUUUCCGCGACACACAUUUCAACUUUGUGUCUAUUUUGGAGAAUGAAGGGCUUCCUCCAGAUUAUCCCCAUCACAUUGACUCGAUCCGCGCUGAACACCUCUCGAGGAAGAUGACCGGAUUUCCUUCAGAUACACCGUGUCUCCCUUUCCUCGAGGAAUUUCGAAAGGGUAAUAUCCGAACUUAUGGGGAUAAUCUGGCCGAAGCCCCUGCGAAGUAUGCAUAUGCAACCGCAAGGAAUCGGUUGGUUUCGCCGCGGUUUGGAGUUACUGCGCCGCGUGGGGGAGGGAGAGGGGGGAUGGCAUUGGCAGAUGAUGUGCGGGAGUAUCGGAGGAGGAGGAUGGGGUGGCAAGGACCACAGCGUCCACAUUACCACCCUGAGCCGUAUUGGGAGCACGGCCAUUGUGCGGAGAGCCAGGCGUUGACGGAGGUGGUGCGCCAAUGCGAGGACUUGCGGUUGCAGGAAGUCGAGAUUGAGACGUAUGCGGUUGGCCAGGAUGGAGCUCCAGCGUCCAUGUGCGAGAAUUGUAUCCUGUAUAUUCGAUCUGCAGUGUUGGGACGUCAUCCUCGAUGGACUGUCACAGACGGACUUCCCCCAGAUUACCCCCAUUACAUCGACUCCAUCCAGGCCGAGCUUCACUCGAAGGCAAUGUGGGUUCACCCUCUAUUCUAUAUCUCGAGGGCGAACUGCAUUGCCUUCCUCGACCAAUUUCGCAUCGACAACAACUUCAGCUAUGGGGGCAAUCUGGGGGCAGCACCUUCCAAGUAUUCGGUUUCAAGAGCCAACCACACCUCGAUCCGACCGCAUUUGGGCGUUUCUGGUCCGCAUGGGAAUGGGAAGAAGGUGUUCAAGGUAGCUGAGAGUGUUAGAGCUUACCGCAGGAGGUUGUCCUGGGGUACUAGUGUCGCCCCUCCGUAUUCUGCGGAGCAGAGUUGGGACCAUGGGCACUGCGCGGAAGCGCAAUCGCUUCCCGCUGUCGUCGAGCAAUGCGAGCGGUUAGGACUGGUGCAUGUCGAAAUAGAGACGUACGCGACGGAUAAAUGGGGCUCCCAGGCGAGGAUGUGCAAGAACUGCGAGCAAUACGUGGUAUGGAGGGUGUUGCAACAUAACCCCACGUGGGUUGUCGUCGAUGGUUCGUAG